CUCGUCAAAGUUGUUUUGUGAACUUUUCUGACAUGUAAAACUGUAAAUCAUUUAUUACACAAAAGAAAGCGUAAUAUCGCAAUAAGUACCUUAUAAUUUAUUUUGUAAUGUAUUAAAAUUACUUUUAAUCAAUAUGGCAUUCUUAUGUCCAGUGAGAAUAAGACGAGGGAAGAAAAAGAAAUCAAGCAGUGGAGACUCAGACAAGGAUUUGUCCAGACCAGGCUCAGGGCUCAGCCCUGGUAUGGGCCGGAUCACUGGAUCAGCAAGUAUAGAGACCUUAGUGAGAGUUGGAAUAGAGAAGGAACAUGGUUUAAGUCCAGAUUCCAAAAUGGUGGUGCUGCAUGAUUUCGCACCCUGUGUUGAUGAUGAGUUAGAGGUAAAACGCGGUCAAAUUGUAAAUGUAUUAUAUCGAGAAAAUGAUUGGGUGUAUGUGAUAGUGGCAGAGUCACGGAGAGAGGGCUUUAUACCUCACUCAUACUGUGCACCCUGCGAGCACCAUGACUUGAAAAAGAAACUACCGAGGAGUAGAUCGCCUGCUGAUAUACAACACAGAGAUGUUUCACAAUUAUCAGUCUCAGAUGGUGCAACAAAUGAUGGGCACUCGGAGCUGGGCAGCGAGGGCGAGGCCUGUCCGUUCAGCAAGGAUCCUUCGGGCCGAUAUGUGGUGCUGUACACUUUCACUGCCCGGGACGAGAAUGACGUUGAUGUGGAAAGAGGGGAAUUUGUUACAGUUUUGAACAGAGAAGACCCAGACUGGUACUGGAUCGUGCGAAGUGAUGGCCAGGAAGGUUUUAUUCCCUCUGGAUUCGUGUACCCUGCUGUUGUGCAAGCGAACCAGCAAGACACUCCGCAGCCGCCACCCCAACACUCCCCGCCCGCCAACCCCAACAGUACCGUGAUGUCCGCCGGCACCAACAACACGCACAACGACGGACGCUACCACGGCACAGAGCUAGUCAUGCUGUACGAUUAUAAGGCGCAGGCACCGGACGACCUGUCGGUGAAGCGCGGCGAGUGGGUGUACGCGGACCUGACGCAGCAGACGGUGGAGGGCUGGCUGUGGGCGCACGCGCCCAAGGCGCGCCGCUCCGGCUUCAUCCCCACCGCCUACGCGCGCAAGCCGCGCACCACGUGCCUCUGAGCCGCCUCCGACCCGCCGCCCGCUGCCCACAGGCUGUACGGUCGCCGCAAUAUCACUUCCGUUGUUGGAUAUUAGGCGAACGCCUCCAUCGAGGCAUACCUACUACACGAGUUGUUUCUCGCGGAAACUUUGUUUAUAAAAACCUAUUUGAAACUAGACCGCUAAGGCCGGAUGCGCACGAGCACUUUUACAACGCACGUUAAAAAAGCGUUUGAAUGACACAAAUGGAUAAAGUUACACCAAGAUUUCUCUUCGUCUAGCUCUACCUGUGUAUUCACACGAUGGCGCGUUUUUGUUGUACGUUGUUGGAUUUUCAACUUCGACCGUUGGCCGACGAACUUGUAACGUCAGGUUUUAACGCAAUGCUUUUUAAACUCUGGCGAAUGAGGCCAAAGCGUUAUCGGACGCUGUUAUAAUUUAUAGUGGUCGUUGGCGGUAACGACACGAUUUAUCGUUCCGACACGACACAUCAGAUGAUUAAAAUGUACGAGAUUGUAUGCGAACGCUUUUAUACUGUUGUCCACGAUGAUAUAAACGUCUGUAUACAAUUUCAUGCAUUUUGGUCCCCUAGAGUCAUGACGAUAAAUCGUGUCGUUACCGUGGACAACCACUAUGAAGUAUAAAAGCGCCCAUUGGCCAUUUAAAACCGUAAUAAUUAACUCGUAUAAUAAUUAUUUAAGUAUACAGUGCCUUUGACUUAGCUUUUAUACUGUAGCCAUUAUAUGUAGACCCAUGUAAAAUAUUGUUAAAUCGUCUUCCAACUUAUUUCCAAAUUCGACGUAAACAUAUUUUUAGCUAGUGUAAAAUAUCUCCGUCCAAAAUUGACUGAAUCUCAUAUUACGCUUUAUAUUUUAACUUUUUUUAACAUAAUUGUAAGGUUUUAUGUAAUAUCAUUUUGAAAUAAAAUAAUUAGAUAUGUAA